AGCCAGAAAGAUCAAAACCCACACUCCCACAUUCACACACACUCUUCUCUCUCUCUCCUCUCUUUCUCUCUGAGCUUGAGAUUCUGAGAACCCCUCGGAGUUUGUGGAAGAGAUAAAAGAGGCUCCAGCAUUUCGGAUUACGAGGCCGGACCUAAUUAUUCUGCUUCUUCUUUGAUCUCUGUGAUAAACUUACUGCUUUCUUUGACCAAUCAGCCACCGACACGCAUUGCUCCGUCUCCGACGCCGUCCAGGCUUCCGUUUCCGGCGUUUCCUUCCUCCGCAUUACCACAGCUUCACUCCGAUUGGCCUGCAUCUUUGUGAAUCAAUCCUAUGUGCAGCUGAGUAAGAAACAUAUGGAGCUUCCUUGUAGCAAGGUUUUCCAGGUGCGAUAAACAAGGACAUUGCAAAUACUAUCAUGGAUGGGCGUUUUGAGCCCACAAGGAAUUUUGAUGACCAACAAUCUCUAGGAACAAGUGGAAACACAUUGCGCCAAGCAAACCGAAGUUUGAAUCCACAAUCCAAGUUCAAAUCAGAAAAGCCUAGUUUGUCCUAUGCUGAUCUCCAUCAUGAAAUUACAAAAAAUGUUAAAGAUGUCUCACCCAUGUCCGAUGGGAACCGCCAAAAGCAACGUAUUAAUAGAAAGACAACUGAAGUCGAUGAACUUGUCAAGUAUAUGUCAAAGUUGCCAAGUUAUCUUGAGAGAGGAAAAAACCUCCAGGAGAAAGCUUUAAAUGUUGGAGUUCUUGACUGGGGGCGCCUUGAAAAAUGGCAGUAUAGCCAUAAACAGAUGCCAUACAGAAGUAGCCGGUAUUCACCAUCCAGUAGUAAUACAACCUCAUGCUUUUCCACAGAUGAAUCAUCAACCCAUUCUAGCAGAGGUCACAGCUGUUCUCCUGCUCGUCUUAGGAUGCACCGUCCUUCCCUCCAAUCUCAUUUCGUGACUUCUCCACUGGAAGGGCCUUCUGAAGUUGUCAACUCCUUUAGAGAAAGUGUUGGAAAGUUUCAGGAUCUUAAAGCUGACCAGAGUAACAACCUGAAUGGAGUCAUUAGACCAGAUAAGUCUUUCUGCAACAAUCAUAUAGACAUCAAGGUGGCACAGUGCAAGAGAAAAGAUUCAGACCCAAAGACUGAGCCAGAAAAAGGACAUUUGCGGAAUGGCUUGCAGUAUGAGAUGGCAGCAACAAAUUUAAGGGUAAAGAAAAACACUCGAGAUGGUGAGUUUCCAAAGAAAGUAGAUAAGCAGCAGCCAUUUUCAGAAAAUUUUGAACUAGAUACCCCUGAAGGUUGCAGUAAAGUUGUUCUGCUUUUGCCUGGAGAUCUUCCUGAAAGAAAUCAUUCUGGGUCGGGGCUUUCCGACAUUUCUGAUUCGGAAACACUGCUUGGUCAAAGAGCUGCAGAAACAACUCGACGAAGCUUGCCAGAGAGACCCAAGGAGGCCUGUCUUGCAGAGCUCAAUUCUGGUCUCCCCCACUCCUGCCGUUUUCCUUCUGAAGUUGAUCGUAAACACUUCAGGGUAAAACAACUCGGCUCCACAGGUGCAGCAAGUGGCAGCUUUCAGUGUAAUACACUUGGCUCAGCAUCACAGUUGGCUCUAAGUUCCUCAACAAGAAUGAGCCCAUCCAGAGACAGAAUUGUUGAAGACAAAAAAACAACAGGAGUAUCAACAUCUUCAACUGUAAAUGAGCCUCAUAGAGGAUCAGAAUUAAAGCGAGGCAAAGUAACUGCUGAAAAAGUGAGAAGCUCAUCACCUUUCCGCCGAUUAAGCAUUGCUGUGGGUAAGAUGAGUAAAACUUCCGGUUCUAAAGAUUCUUCAGAUGUACAACAGCCUAGGUCAACAACUUUCCAGGCUAGACCUGGUUCGGGGAACAACGUGGCUUCCGCUUUCUUGGAUACUUCAGACACUGAUAAUUCUAAUGCCACUAGCAGAGCGAGGUCCAGCCCGCUGAGGAGGUUACUGGAUCCACUGCUGAAGCCAAAGGUAGCCAACUGCCAUCAUUCAGCGGAGCCAUUGGAGAAAGAUUCCAUAUCAACAAAUAAGGCUUGUAAAUCAUCUAAGGGGCGAGUGGAAUCUUUGUCUGAGCAGCCAGGGAAAGUAAAGCUAGGCAUGACUGGUUGUAGGGAAACUAACGUCAGUGAGUUCUCUAAGGAUAGGAAGAAUAGGCCAUCAACAGUUCAAGCUCUUCUACGAGUUGCGGUUAAAAAUGGCCUGCCCCUGUUCACAUUUGCAGUCCACAAUGACAUUGACAUUCUUGCUGCCACAAUGAAGAAGUUGAAUACCUCAGGAAAGGGUGACUGCAGUUGUAUCUACACAUUCUUCAGCGUGCGGGAAGUCAAGAAAAAGAAUGGAACUUGGCUGAAUCAUGGAAGCAAAGGCAAAGCUCAUGAAUACAUUCGUAAUGUUGUUGCUCAAAUGAAGGUUUCUGAUUCACAGUUUCCCAAUUUGAUACUGGAUCAGUUUAGCGUGAGAGAGUUUGUUUUAUUUUCAGUAAACCUUAGACAGGCAGAUUGUCAAACCUCAGACUUCCAGCCAAAUGAUGAACUUGCAGCCACUGUUGUCAAAAUCCCGAAAAAGAGGAGUCAGACAUCAUCUACAGAUUGGCGUCGUAGGGAUAUCUAUAGUGACUUGCCUGCGGUUGGUUCAGUAGAGUGUUUGUCAAAGGUGAGACGCCACUCCUAUUCUGUGGAAGAUGUACAGAGCAAGCCUUUUGUUGGUAGUCAAGGCCUCAUUAGCACAACGGUCAUACUUCCAAGUGGUGCUCAUAGUCUUCCGAGUAAUGGAGGACCAUCAUCUCUGAUUGAACGUUGGAGUACAGGUGGCUCAUGUGACUGUGGGGGUUGGGAUUUGGGUUGCAAACUACGGAUAUUGGACAACCAGAAUCAAGCCAGUGAGAAUUUGACUUCACAGAAGGUUUGUUCAAUCCCAGAUCGGUUCGAGCUUUGCCAUCAGGGAGGACUACAAGAAAACCAACCUGCUUUAAGUUUGGCCCCAUUCAAGGAUGGGAUCUAUUCAGUUGAGUUUAAUUCUUCACUCUCAGUUUUACAAGCAUUCUCCAUUUGUAUAGCAGUGUUAGAUAGUAGGAAUCUAUGCGAGUUCUCAGAGUUCCGGGAAACCAAAGCAACAGUGCAAGAUGAUGGAAUAAGUGAUCUGAAUCAAAUGGAAGGGGAAGUUCCUGCAAGAUAUGCCUCGUAUCCUCCUCUUUCACCAGCCGGGCGCGUCUAGUUUUACAGUGACUGCAUCUCAUAGAUACAAUAUAUAUCUUCAGUUGGUCGGGUUGGCAUUGUACAAAAUCUGCAGUUGGUGCCUUUACUCGAUUUUCUGAGAGAAGUUAUAUUUAGUGCAUCGAAUGUAUUGUCAGAGGAACUGUUUCAUCAAUUUUAAAAUGUGCAUAUAGUGAGUAACUAGUAGGUUAUCUUUUAAAUCUCAAUAAACUCCGAUUUAAGAUGGUAAUAUUCAUCAUGGAGAAUAUUGAAUACAAUAACCGGAGAAUUGGGUGCAAGCCCCUCCUUGAAAUGGAAAUAUGAGGAACGUUCAAUCUA